AUGACAGCCAAACUUCUCGUUGAAAGACGCAGUUCCGAGCCAUUCCUCGGGUUGCCAACGGUGUCGACGACGCAGUCUGCAACCGAGCCUAUGUCUCAAACCAAAGCUAGUUUUGACAUCUGCCAAGUUCUUGAGGAUAACAGCACAGAUUGGCACUGGCAGUGGCUCGACGAUGUCGGUGUUCCAGUUUUGAUUCGUGGCACAGAAUUUGUUGCGUACGACAACGAAAAGAGUGCAACAAUUAAGGCGACUUGGAGCUCCCACAAUAACCUAGCGGGCCUUGCAAUUUAUGGUUUGCCAUAUGAUAAUCCUGAAGGAGAAUGCCCUGAUCGACCGUUCCCAAUAUUGCAAAGCAUCGUCGAUGCUCAGGUAUGCUCUCUAUGCGCAACUGAUGACGACUCGAAGUGUUCUCCAUCAUUCCACACGUCGUGUAACUACAGACUGCCAGAAUAUGAGGAAGCCAACAUUCCGUUCGAGCGCUGCACUGAAAUCGUUGUCGAACAUGCUAUUAUCGAUACUAAUGCGACCAUUCAUUUCCCUUCAAAAGAGCAGAAGGAAACAGCAGAAGAGUUGGUCAGUUUUUCCUGA